AGCUGCAUGCUUAUGAAUUAGAACUGUGUCUGUAUGCCAGGGAGGAGCAACCCUUCUCCCUCACUUGUGUUUAAACAAUCAUUGUCUACAGUUAUUUUCUUUUUUCUUACCUUCAUCAUGCUGUGACUUGCACUCGAUCUCUCUGCAUCAUUUCUUAGUCUCAAUUCACAUGUAUGUGGCUGCAGUGCUGGAGCAGAAAACAUGGCUGUGACACUGGCACAUGGUGAUGCUGGAGAUACAUCAGCUUCUUCUGACUACGACAGCAAAAUUUAAAGCCCAUCAUACCCUUAUACUGAAGGUGAAAAUGAUGAACCAGGAUGAAUUAAAAUCACGUACAAUGCAGGAGCUACGUGAGAGGCUCCAGCCAGAGGUGGCCGAGCUGAUCAAGCAGCAGAGGCUGAACCGGCUGUGUGAGGGCGCCUGCUUCAGGAAGAUCAGUGCUCGCCGCAGACAAGAUAAGUUUUUGUACUGUCGACUGUCUCCAAAUCACAAAGUACUACACUAUGGGGAUGUAGAGGAUUUAUCACAAGGACAAAUCCCCCAUGAAUCUCUACAAGAGAAGUUAACAGUAGCAGAUAUCAAGACAGUGAUAACUGGGAAAGAUUGUCCUCACGUGAAGGAUAAAGGAGCACUAAAACAAAAUAAGGAGGUGCCUGAGCUUGCCUUCUCCAUUUUAUAUGAUUCUGAUGAAUAUUUGAACUUCAUUGCUCCAGACAAGUAUGAGUAUUGCAUCUGGACAGAUGGCUUGAAUGCUCUAUUGGGAAAAGAGAUGACCAGUGAACUCACCAAGUCAGAUAUGGAUACACUGGUGACCAUGGAGAUAAAGCUCCGCCUCUUAGACCUUGAGAAUGUCCAAAUUCCUGAAGUUCCACCCCCUAUACCCAAAGAACCAAAAGAUUAUGACUUUGUAUAUGAUUUCAGCCAACUACACACUUGAGAGGCAUUGCUUCACAGCUGUUGGACUGUAAUGUAUUUAAUCUUGAUUCUCGGCUGAUCGACAGCAUCGGCCAAGUCAUAAGAAAAUGUCUCCAUUUCCUGGUGAAAGGAAAUUUUAAUCAAAAAGGUUUGGAAAAGGCGUUGGCUGGGAUACUAUCACUGAUUUACAAACCUUCUCAAAAAUACUGUUUGUAAUACUGAUUCAUUGAUUUUCCCUGCCAUCCUAAGGGCUGUAUCAAUACUUUAUUAGCCUACAGUAUGUGAUAUUUUUAAGAUGAACACUAUAUGGCCAAGAGUCCUGAGUAAAUUUAACUACAGACUUCAGAAAAAGAACUUACCAGAUGUAGCUAUUCCUAAGCAGAAACAUAAGCAAUAAAUACCAAUUUAAAACAAAUAUACGAUAUAUAUGGCGUUUGUUUUAUUUUUUAAUUGGAUAUUAUGCAACCAUGUCUAUUUUAAUUUUUAAAAAGCUGACAGUAAUUGUUAUUAUUAUAUAUUAAUUAUUAUAUUAUACAGUUUAAAAAAGAAAAGAAAAAUGAGCAAGUGUUGUAAUUUCCCAAAGAAGAUUUGCAGCCAGUUUUAAUUGUCUUCUGUUUAAAAAAACAACACAGUACUGCUCUACACUAUUAAUUUCUUCUUCUGUGCUGUGGCCACUUGUGUAAAGUUUGUGAUAUACAAUGAUCUCACUGAAUCAGGACAUGGUGUUGAAUUGUGUGUUCAAACCGCAUUGAAAUGCAGGGUGUGACGUGAUUGCCAAUUACAUUACUUUAAAGAGAAGGAGGUACCAUUUUGUUGACAUUUGAUGGUUUUUAAUAUUCAUGUACCAAUUAAACUUAAUAUAUAUAUACAUGCAAA